UGCACAACGUGCUUCUUGCAUGCUUGCCGUCGAACAGUACCCUUACGUGUGUGAAAUACGUUGGAGCACUAACACUCAUUUCUGCGAUUUACCUCUUCCAUUCUGCGGACUACCACUUGACUACGGAACCACUGAAGUUAGUUCUGCCAGCGGCGUUACCAUAAUUCUUCUUGGCAUUUCAGUAGGCCUAGAUCAUGUCGGAAGGCAAACGUAAGCGGCAGCAUGAUCAAACCAAGUCAACUGCUAAGAAAACACCAGGCAAAAAGGGCAAAGGAACGACACUCUCUAAGAAGUCCGAGUCGCACACGAAACACGCCGCCUUCCCACCAUCUGCGCCAGGCGGAUCCCUAAAGCACGACCACCACGAUGCGUUUACUCACGAAUUAGCUGACCGACGUGGUACUAUCGUUGACGUUCGUGACCUGAAGUGGAACGGUGCCCCUGAAGACAGACUACCAACAACGCACGCUGUGAACAAAGAACACCACCUUCCGAAGGAAAAGAAGAAUAUUGAUCCCGCGUUUAUUGAACUUAUGUCAAGUAUCGAAGACGUUACCCCUCAGCCAGCGCGUGCUGCUUCUGAUCAAGACGAAAAGCGUGAAAGCGAAGGUGAAAAAUGCCAGCAUCCACGUCGGAAAUCAAGCAUCUUCCGAAUAUUCAGCUGGAAACCCAAGCCUGGCUAUGCCGGGACGGGCGUCGACGACCUACCGAAAGAGAAACGUGAAGAAGUAGAAAAACUUAUAACGGAAGCACCACUUGAAGUCGCGCCUCAUGCCUCUGGGGCUGUUUCUCCACAUGAACCAUCAACGGCAGUGCGUAACAAAGUGACGCACCAGAAAUCUGAUGCUCAGACGACGACGAGUAAGCAGAAACGACAUUCCCAUAGAAAGCAUCCUCCAGUCAUUGCGGGUUUUGUGAAGGUGUGGGCCAUCAUUACAAGAAAUACCAAAGGUGACGUCAACGCCCCAGAGCGAGAACCAUUUACCACAACAGAACUCAUCUACGUUGCCUUCACUAUUCUUCUUCUUCUUGUCUUUGUAUCGGCAACAGCAUACCUCCUCGUCAUCUAUUUCUUGAAGCAUUCAAGAACAGAGAUAAUAUUCGCCUGUACUUCGUCCGAAUGUAUUGACCUAAAGAACAACCUGACCUCAAUGCUCAACGACGCCUUCGAUCCGUGCACCGACUACUUCGGCUAUGUAUGCGACAAAUGGCUAAAAACGCACAGCUCCCGUAGUUUCAUCGAGUACACCAUUGGCGAAUUCCAUCGUAGCUUCAACAUCACUCUAUUUCGUUCCGAGCAAAUCCCAGUAGACAAGCAUGGAAUGCACGUCUUGACCAGACUCUACAGGACAUGCUAUAGGUUCAUGGAAUCCAGCAACUUCACUCUUCACACCAUUGCCGCCUACACUAGUGACGAGCUUAACAUACCGCAGCUACUCAACGUGGGCAAUUUGGGCGAACAGUUAACUUAUUUAGUUAACGCGUCGCUAAGCAGAGGUUUUUCGACGAUCUUCAGUCUGCAUUUUGAGAACAAGGAAAAGAAAGCCUACCUCUACCUGAAAGCCACAACCUCAAUACAAGGACGCAUGGAAAGCGCUAUUCACGAGUCCUCCUCUAGAGAUCGCGACUACGAUUUCGGUCCCCACAUGGAAGGUUACGUGAGGGACGUUGUGAAGGUAAUAUACCAGAAGGACGAUGCUGAGUCUCAUAUACUUCAAGUGAUCAAAUGGGAUCGGCAAUUCGACUGGCUUCUCAAACAGCCUUGUAGAGAAGAGUACAAGAGAGUGAAGAAUACGGCGCCCCUAUUUUAUCCCAUCAGCGUCACUCAAGUCAUCGACUUAGUAAACAGCCUAGCACCACCAAGACUAGCGUUGACUCCAUCCGAUGACACUAUAGUGGUGUGCGGAUUCAGCACCAUUGACGCUGUACUGCGAACCAUGGGCAACGAAACGCUUGUCGUUAGAGGUAUCUACUUCGCAGUGCAUUUGAUAACGAACGUUCUGCGCCUCUUCAACCUACGACAACACCUCAUUGGAGCUUCAUCGGAAGCCAUAAUCGCCACCUGCUUUAGAAUCACCCAACAGGCUCUGUUUCACACGUGGCCCUACUUGGUGACACGGAGGAUGGAUUACAGCCGCCGGGCAGAAGAAGCUACGCGUGUCGCAAAUUCCCUUAAGCUUAUUACAAGGAAAGGGGAAGGAGUCAAGUGGAUGACAGAGACGAGCUUCCAUGACGUCGACACUGCCUUACAACAUCUUGAUAUUAUCGCAUACGAGGAUGCCGCGCUCGAUAACAUGCAGAGCACCUACGAUCAGCUCCAACUUGAAGACGAGGACUUUCUUUUUACUUUUUUUGACAUCAAGCGGUUUGAAACCAAAUUGCUCCUGGAUUGGCUUCCGACAGCCGUAGGAAGCACUCUAGCUAGACACCAGGCUGCAUCAAACCUCUCACUCCAGAGUUUCCACCGAGAGACGAAGAGUUGGAUCUUCGUCCCAACGGCCUAUCAGAGCCCUCCAUUGUUCAGAUACAACGGGAAACCAGGUGCUUUUCCAUUUUACAUGAAUCACCCAACUCUGGGUCUCCUGGUGGCUAGAGAGAUGGUGCGAGCGAUUGGACCUACUCAGCGAUGGGACAUGGAAACCAGGAAAUUGGUUCAAAGCUACAUGGACUGCCUGGCGUCGAUACAGAAUUUGCUGGGCAUCAAAGCUCUCGAAGGAAACCUGUUUUCUUGGCGAACGGAAGCUUUCUCCUGGUCUCUAGGAUCGUAUAUGUCUUAUAACGCAAUGCGUGCAAUAUUUGAGCAGCAUUCCCAAAUGAAUUCGGCGCACUUUGUCGCCGCCCAAGAACUAUACUUCAUUCUCUCAUGCCUCAUGACCUGCUCCUCCGUUAAAUCCGGGCCUGUCUUUCUUCCGAAGGAGCAAUGCGAGAUUUCUCUUUUGAGCAACGUUGACUUUUUGAAGUACUACAAUUGUACAGGCGCUACUCGGUUGACAUGUAUAUCUUCGCUGUAUAUGCCUAAGUAGUUCUUAUAUGACGGCUGACAUCGGCUGACUCGGCGAUAUCGUUUUUAUUACCUCGUACAAACUACCAAUAAAGAUAAACAUUCGUUGCUAAUCGCAACGCUAUUCGUGCGCUACCUGUGAUUGUGGCGACUCGGUUGGAAUAAAUCGUAUUCGCGAAUACAGCA